AUGCGCGCGUGCGUCGUCCCUGAAGCGUCGCACAUUGGGCAGCGGUUCUGGCCGCUGGGAGGGGGGGUGGGGCGCGCGGGGGGGCUCCAUCGGGCCGCGUCUUCGUACGACAGGGUCCAGGACGGUCGAAAGGAGGGCAAGGAGCCCGGCGGCGGGACUGCGCGGCCAGCGGUGGCCGGGCACCAGACUGCGGCGCCCACGGAGCGGCCGCCGUCGCGCUGGCUCGACGAGAGCGACCUCGUGAUCGUCAAAGAGCUCAAGUCCCACCUGUGGCCCCCAGACAACCCGGAGUUCCGCCGCAGAGUCGCUAUUUCCCUUGUCCUGCUUGUGUCCUCAAAGCUGCUCAACGUGCAAGUGCCGUUCCUGUUCAAGUACGCCGUCGACAGCCUGACGACGGCGGGGAUCCCCGACCCCGCGAGCGCGUUCGCGAUCACGCCCGCGGCGCUCCUGCUCGGCUACGGCGCGUGCAAGGCCGGCGCGUCUCUCGCCAACGAGGCCCGCAACGCCGUCUUCGCGAACGUCACGCAGGAAACCAUCCGCCAGGUGGCGCGCGACGUCUUCGUGCACCUGCACAGCAUGGACCUGCCGUUCCACCUGUCGCGGCAGACCGGCGCGCUGUCCCGCACGAUCGACCGCGGCUGCCGCGGCAUCAACUUUUUGCUCGGCGCCAUGGUGUUCAACGUGGUGCCCACGGCGUUCGAGUUCGCGCUGGUCGGGUCGAUCCUGGCGUACAAGUGCGGGCUGCCGCUGGCGGGGCUCACGGCGGCGACGAUGGGCGCGUACACGUGGUUCACGGUGUCGGUCACGGCGUGGCGGACGAAGAUUCGCCAGGCAAUGAACAAGCACGACAACGAAGCCACAGCGCGGGUGAUCGACUCGCUGAUGAACUACGAGACAGUCAAGUACUUCGGCAACGAGGCGCACGAGGCCAGGCGGUACGACGAGAGUCUCCAGGGGUACAAGCACGCCGCCAUCCGCACUCAGCAGUCCCUGGGACUGCUCAAUCUCGGGCAGAGCGUCAUCUUCACCGCAGCCGUCACCGCCGCGAUGGUGUUCGGGGCGCAGGGCGUGCAGGCCGGCACGCUCACAGUCGGAGACCUCGUGAUGAUGAAUGCGCUGCUCUUCCAACUGUCGCUGCCCCUCAACUUCCUGGGCACCGUGUACCGCGAGGGCCGCCAGUCCCUGACGGACAUGUCGGCCAUGUUCAAGCUCCUCCGCGAGGAGCCCCACGUGCGCGAGGCGCCGCACGCCCGCGCCCUCGCCGUGCCCGCGCACUCCCCCGGGCUGUCCGUGGACAUCCGCGACGUGUCGUUCGGGUUCCGCCCCGGCACGAAGAUCCUCGACCAGUUCUCGCUCUCCGUGCCCGCCGGCACGAGCUGCGCGAUCGUCGGGCCGUCGGGGACGGGCAAGUCCACCGUGCUUAAACUCCUUUUCCGGCACUACGACCCCGCCGCGGGGUCGGUGCGGAUCUGCGGGGAGGACCUGCGCGACCUCACGCUGGACUCGUUCCGGAAGCACAUCGCCGUCGUGCCGCAGGACAUGCCCCUGUUCAACGAGACGGUGCUGUACAACAUCAAAUACGGAAACCUGUCUGCGACGGACGCGGAAGUCUUCGAGGCGGCCCGGCGCGCGCACGUCCACGACCAGAUCCUCAGCAUGCCGGACGGCUACAACACGAUGGUCGGCGAGCGAGGCCUGAAGCUCUCCGGCGGCGAGAAGCAGCGAGUGGCGCUGGCGCGGGCCUUCUUGAAACAGCCGCAGCUGCUCCUGUGCGACGAGGCCACGUCGUCGCUGGACACGCGCACCGAGCGGGACAUCAUGGACAGCCUGUCGGACCUCGCGCGCGACCGCACUUCCAUUUUCAUCGCGCACCGCCUGUCGACCGCCGCGCAGUGCGACCGCAUCGCGUUCAUGGACGGCGGGCGCGUCGUGGAGCUCGGGUCGCACCAGGAGCUGCUGGACCUGGGCGGGCGGUACGCGGAGAUGUGGGCGCGGCAGGUGUCGGUGGACGACCUCGUAGCCGACACGGGCAUGCAGUCCGAGGUGGGGGACUCUCGGGGGGGCUGA